AGAAAAGUAGAGGAAAGUUGGAGGUGGAAAAGCGCAGCAUUCUUCUAGUAGAGGAGUUCCAUUUCCAUGUUUCAUUUUCUGAUUGGAUAAUUCUUCCUCGCCCUCAGCUUUGGCAUCAAUCAGAACAACCUUUCAUAGUUGUUCAAAAUAGAUUGUUGGAGUCAAUGACCAUGAAUAAACCAAGCACAAAACCAACGUCUCCUUGCUUUUCUUCUGGGCCUUGUGCAAAACACCCUGGGUAUUCUUUAGAAAAUAGUCUUUAUAAGGCAGCACUGGGUCGUUCGCAUCGCUCAGCACUUGGGAAAGCCAAACUCAAGAAUUCUAUCGAAAAGACAAAAGAAAUUCUGCAGCUUCCUCAGUCCUAUCGUGUUGCCAUCGUUCCAGGAUCCGAUACCGGCGCAGUGGAGAUGGCACUUUGGAGCAUGGUAGGACCUCGUCCGGUAGACGUCUGUUACUGGGAGUCGUUUGGAAAAGGUUGGCUUACAGACAUUGUCAAUGAGCUCAAGUUGAAAGAUGUAAGAUACUUUACUGCAGAAUAUGGAAAGCUUCCCGAUCUCUCUCAAGUAGAUCCUAGUCACGACGUUGUUUUCACGUGGAACGGAACAACUUCCGGAGUACGAGUACCAGAUGGUUCCUGGAUAAGUAACGAUAGAGAAGGGCUAACCAUUUGUGACGCAACUUCUGCUGUAUUUGCUAUGUCUCUUCCGUGGGAAAAGUUGGAUGUUGUGACGUAUUCUUGGCAGAAGGUAUUGGGUGGAGAAGCAGCGCAUGGAAUGCUUAUUUUGUCCCCAAGGGCAGUCGAAAGACUAGAACAGUAUACCCCUCCUUGGCCGUUGCCGAAACUUUUUCGAAUGGCGAAAAAUGGCAAGUUGGAUGAAGCUCUGUUUGAAGGAAAUGUUAUCAACACGCCUUCUAUGUUGUGCGUUGAAGACUAUUUAGAUGCACUUGAAUGGGCAGAGUCUGUGGGUGGCUUACAAGGUCUUAUAGCUAGGUCGGAAAAGAAUCUGGCAGUUAUAGAGGAAUUUGUGCAAAAGCAUUCAUGGAUCGAUUUUUUGGCCGAAAAUAAGACGAUACGUUCUAAUACUUCUGUCUGUCUCGUUUUGAACCUAGACAAGGAAAAGGUGAAGCAGAUUUCGUCACUUCUUGCCAAAGAACAAGUAGCAUAUGAUAUUGAUUCCUACAGAGAAGCACCACCAGGCCUAAGGAUAUGGUGCGGUGCUACUGUAGAGUCAUCAGAUUUGGAGAGUUUGACUCAGUGGUUGCAUUGGGCCUAUGAACAAGUAUCUCAGGUCGUCAACGGAGAAAGUAAGUGAGAUAGAAUAGCUGUAGUAUUUCCUUGAGAAUA